UCUCUUCUCUGAGCUCAAACCAAACCAGAGUCGCCGUCCGCCAGAGUUUAACCCAACCAACCAACCAACCAACCAAAGCACGCACGCUAAACCCCCACUCCUCCUCGUAGCUAGCGCCUCCAUCUCCAUGGACGCCGGCGGCGAGCUCAAUGCGGCCGACGGGGAGCCGAUCGGGGCCAUCCAGUACGCCCCCUCCCCCAGCGACAUCUUCGACGACGACUGCGACGACCUCUACGGCGACGUCAACCUCAGCUUCCUCCCCCUCCCGCCGCUCUCCCCUUCCCCUUCCUCCCCUCCCAAGACCCCCUCCCCCGGCCUCUCCAUCCCGUCCCCGUCCCCGUCCCCGUCCCCGUCCCCGUCUCCAACCCCGCGCCGCAAUCCGUCCCCCAAGCCGCACCCCGAGCCCCAACAAAACCCCACCCCGCAGCACCAACCGCCGCUUCCUCUGCAAAAACCGCCCAGCCCGCGACAGCCAAAAGCACCCACCUUCCGGCACCCGCCGCCGCGGCGCGCGUCGGGGCACUCUACGUCGUCGUCGUCGUCGUCCACCGCGGCACUCUACAUCGGCGACCUGCCCUGGUGGACGACGGACGCCGAGGUGGAGGCCGCGCUCGCGCCGCACGGCGCGCUCGACGGCCUCUACUUCUACGCCGACAAGUGCUCUGGCAGGUCGCGCGGUUCCUGCCGCGCAGACUUCCUCCGCCCGGCCGCGGCCGCCUCGGCGGCGGCCGCGCUCCACGGGCGCGUCUUCGACGGGCACCACUGCGUCGCCUCGCUCUCCUGUCCGCCCGAGCUCCGCCGCCUCGGUCCUGACCCCGACGCCUCGGCACCGGCCCCGGUCCCAGCCCCAGCCCCGAACCCCACCCUAGGCUGCGGCGGGAACGCGAGCAGCGUGACAGCUGCCCGGGGCAAGGUGGGGUAUUUGGGCGAUGGGUCGGCUGUGGGACCCAUGGCUCCCCGGCCGCGCCAGUUCGCUGCGAUGAUCGGAGGCGGCGGCGGGUUCCCGUCGUCGGUCGGGCAGUACAAUGCGGGGAUGGGCCCUGAUGCGAUGCCUCCCAUGGUGCCGCCCCAUGUGAACCCGGCAUACUUGGCAGCCAGCAGAAUGGCAAUGGGUGGCGCUGGCACAGGGAUGUGGCAUAAUCAGGGGAUGGCCGGGGGCUUAUGGGGUGGGCUGCAGCCAUGGAAUUUUGGAGGCUGUGACAUGUCAUGGCAGCAGCAGCAGCAGCAACAACAACACCGGCAGGCGCAGCAGUACCGGAAUGGGAAUCGGGGCUAUGCAAAAGUGCGUGGCACCGGGCAGGGAAGACCAGGUGGUAGGAAUCAGGACAGGGACAUUGGCAAUGUGAGGGGCAACCCAGAUAGGAGGCAGUAUGGCCAUGGCGGCGGCGGUGAACGGCCCAGGGAGAGGGACCGGCAUCGGGAGUAUGUCCUGGAGAGGGAAAGGGGGCGUGAGAGGAACUGCAUUGAGAAGGAUCGGCACCAGCAGUACGCUGAACACGAUGACUGGGAGAGGCGUGGCCGGACAAGAUCAAGGAGCCAGUCAAGGGACAGUGAUGAUGAUGGUGAUCAUCCGAGAAGGCGGCGCUGAUUGUGCGCAACCUGCCGGCUAAAUGGCAUGCUAUUUCAACCUUUGGCGUCCCUGCUCGGCCACUUCUGCUCUGCCCAGAGUAGAUGCGGACACAAGGCUUACUCGGUAGUACUAUGAACUAUGGUCAACUUACUACGAAAGAAUUAAUUGAGAGAUAGACAUAACUGGACAUAUUAUCUUUUGCACUCCAUAUUUAAAUAUAACUUAUGGCACUUAACUCGGGGAACCAUUCUAAGAUAGUGGUCCUACAUUUGGCCUGAAUGAUCGUGUGUUGCGCUUAACUCGAGGAAUAUAUUUGGAAAACUGUUGUAAUCACAGUGUACGUCCGUCUGUAGUCAGCAGUCUGUGGUUUAGCUUUGUUUCAUGUGAUGCAGAGUAUGUUUGAGAUGGUUACGAUCCUAGUGAUUUUGCUUAUGGUUGUUUGGUCACCCA